AUGCCACCUGGUGCACCCCCACCCACUGCAAACCCCAGCGAAGUCCGCGCAUACCUCUUGUGGGUCCUAACCAACUACCACAGCUUCACGAAGACUACAGCCAGAAACUUGCCUACUGCUGGCCAUGUCGCCGUGGCUGGGACUUGUAUCGUCUUGAAGCAGCCGACUAUCAGAAGCUUCGCCUGGAGGAAUCGCAUGUAUUUGUAUGUACUUCCACCUAUUGGGAGAGCAGUAGCUGACGGCUUUGAUAUGUGGGCUAUCUCAGUCAGUCUUGCUUCGACCUUUGCCAUCCACGGCUUCUGUCUCGCGCCGGCUCUUGAAUUGGGAGCUACGAUCAGACGAAUCUGCCUUGCCAUAGCUCUUCUGACGUGCUAUGUAUUUGCCCGCAAAGAGAGAAACGCCGAAUACUGGUUUCCUGUCUGGGCGAUCGGGCUGGUUGCCGGAUUUGUCUUGACUCUCGUCUCCACUUAG